GUUAAACAACCGAUAUUUGACUGAAAUCGAUUAACCAAUUAGUUGACUGAAAAUUAAGAAAGAUUUAAUAGCAUUUGGUAUAAUGUACCAUAAUAUGUUAUCUCAUGUUUAUAUCAUUUUCAUAUUUACCCACAAGUGAAUUAAAUAUGAUUUAUGCGGCGUACUAAAAGACAGAUAUUGUUUAUUGAUCUAAAUCUUUAUCUUUCUCUGUUAUAACAGAUAUAAAAUGUUUGAAAAUUACUUUACAGAUAAAGCAAUAUUAAAUUGAACUAUAUCAAAAUCAUUUGAUAAUGAUGCAUUUUAAAAUACCAUUAUUUUUUAUCCUUGUCACCCUGAUGAAAUGUGUGUUUCCACAAAAUGAUUUCUUUGAUGAAGAACUAAUGUUAAAACCAUUACCAAGCAAUCAUGUCUAUGCAUAUUUUCAAUUUACUACUGUAUGGGAAACCACAAAAGACAUAACAACAUUCCAACAUUCUCAUUUAUUUCCAAGAGGACUUGGUGAAAUUAUAAGUCGUCACAAUGUAAAUGAAUUACAUCUUACAUUAACCAAAGGAUUAUGGAAUUAUCAAAAAUGGGGAUAUCCUUAUCAUGAUGCUGGUCCUGGUGCUGAAAUAUAUUCAUGGUUCCACAAAGAUGUUAAUAACGUUGAUGAUGAGUGGAAAGGUUUAACAAAUGCACUAGCUGGCUUAUUUUGUGCUUCCUUGAAUUUUGUUAAUCCUGCAAACAGUAUGUCUCCAGAAUUUACAUUUCGUCCUACAGGGGUAGUAGAUCACAGUAUCAAUUCUAGUCAUUUACGCUAUUCAUCAUUACCAAAAGAAAUAGUCUGCACUGAAAAUUUAACACCAUUUAAAAAAUUAUUGCCAUGUAAUUCUAAGAAAGGCUUGGCAACCUUAUUAAACUCUGCUUAUAUUCACAAUACAAACUAUCAUUCCAUUGGAGUACAUUUUCGAGUUAUAUGCUCAAACACAAUCUGUACUAAAACAUCAUUAGAGUUACGUCAGUCUGUUUCAUUGAUAUAUGACACAAUAACCGAUGUAUCACAGAAUUGGUCAAUUCGGAAAUUUUUUGGAAUGGGUAUUAGAGGAGCAUGCCCUCUUGCUACAUUAAGCAAUGUAUAUAUUGACAUAUCUAAUAAUAAUACUAAUCAAGUUUAUGAGUUAGUACCUACUCCAAGUGCGAAGAUCGUUAGUCUUCGAGGAGGACAAUUAAAUGAAAUAGCUGUUUAUGACAUUAGAUCGCUUUCUUCAAAAGGAAUAUUUAAUAUUGAAGUUCUAUGUAAUACUACUCGUACGGCUGGUUUAAAUUAUCCUUCAAUUCUAUAUGCAAAUAGAUAUGUCAUUGGAUAUGGACAAGAAAGAGGUAGUUUAGUAACAAAAAUUUACAAUAAUUACUGGCAAACACUUGAUAUUAUUUUAUUAGAAAGUAUUCCAUGGUACUUGCCAGUAUAUUUACAUUCUGUCAAAAUAACUUGUGGGGCAAAAAAUAUUAUACCAUUGACACAGCGUUAUGUACCAGGCAAGCAACGUAAAAGUCCUUACUAUUUGGAACUUAUUUUACGUUUACCACCGCAAUCAGUAACUAAAUUUUCUAUAGAAAUGGAUUAUUCAUUUCUUAAAUGGCAAGAAUACCCGCCAGAUGCAAAUCAUGGGUUUUACAUGGGUCCUGCAAUAAUCACUGCAUUACUUCCAAUUGCAAGAAAUUAUACUGCGUUACCACUCGAUGGAAGUACCAUAACAUCAAGUUUCAAUGCUUCAAGAGAAGGCUAUCUGGUACAGCUAAGAACCGAAUCUUUACUAAUUAGUUUACCGACGCCUGAUUUUAGUAUGCCGUACAAUGUAAUUUGUUUAGCCUGUACAGCAAUUGCCCUAGCAUUUGGUCCACUUCAUAACAUUUCAACUAAAAGAUUAGUUUUGAAACGUGUUGAAAUGGAUUGGAAGGAAAAAUUAUUAUCGUCUUUAAUGAAAAAAAUCGUUAAAUCAAAAAAGAAAGAAGAAUGAAAAGUGUAAUUUAUUAUUUGAUUUUAAAUAUAUAUGCAUUUUUAAGUAAGACAAAAAUGUCUGUUAAAAUAUAAAUGGAAAAGAAAUACAAAUACAAUAAUCUUACAAUAAGGUACAUUAACGAAGUUGAUUAUAAAGAAAAUUAACAAUUCA